AUGAGUUCCUUGAAUUCAACACUUCCUCAAAAUGUUUCAUUUGUUCGACCUCAGUUCUUUUAUAUUGGCGGAUUUUCUAAUAUUCCUCAUGUGAAGUACUAUUACAUUUUCUUGUGUUUUGUUUUCAUUGUAACUGUAUUAGGAAACUCUUUCAUCAUGUUCAUUAUAUACAUGGAGCAAAGCCUUCACACCCCAAAGUAUGUUGCUGUUUUUCAUUUGGCUGUAGUUGAUAUGUGUGGCAGCACAGCUCUUAUUCCUAAAAUGAUUGAGACCUUUCUCUUUGAUUUCCAGUUCAUCACAUAUGAAGCCUGCUUGGCUAAUAUGUUUUUUGUACACUUCCUUUCUUCUUUGCAGUCACUUACCAUUGUCAUACUGGCAUAUGAUAGAUUUGUUGCUAUUUGCUUUCCUCUGAAAUAUCAUAUCAUCAUCACUACUGCAGGAAUAACUAAGAUCUUAGCAGGAAUAUGGAUUCUAGCAGCUGCAGUAAUAUUAUCUCUUGUAGGUUUAACUACCAGGUUAUCAUUCUGCAAAACGAUUGUGAUAGACAGCUAUUUCUGUGAUCAUGGACCUAUGUAUCGUAUGUCCUGCAAUGACAAUUUUCCCAAUUAUGUAAUUGCUCAGAUGGGUAUUACAAUAUUGCUUGCCGCACCUUUGACUCUAAUUCUGUCAUCCUAUGUUUGUAUAAUAUUAGCAUUACUAAAAAUUGCAUCAACAGACGAACGUUUACGAGCAAUGAAAACCUGCACCUCUCAUUUGAUCUUAGUGGCAAUGUUUUACCUUCCGAUAUCUGCCAUCUACAUUGCAGCAAACCUUACCAUUAUUCACCCAAAUAUCAGGAUAAUAAGUACAUCUUUAUCUUCCACCAUUCCACCAAUGAUGAAUCCCAUCAUCUACACAAUCAAAACAGAGGAGGUAAUGAAAGCAGUGAGAAAACUUCAAAAAAGAAACAAGGCAGUUAAACUUAAGGAGGAUCAAUAA